UCCUCGCUGAGGGCGAGGGCUGUGGCGGCGAGGAGCCUGCGGCUGGCCGGCCGGGCCUGGCCGCUGCAGCGCUGGUACCGCACGGAGCGGGGAGUGUACGGCUACAAGCCUCGCAAGGCGGAGAGCGGGGAGGCCUCGGAGGCGGAGAGCGGGGAGGCCUCGGAGCCGAGCAGGGUCUGCGCGGGCGGCAGAGCAGUUGAUCAUGGGCUUGCUCGUUUAGUAACUGCAUACUGUGAACAUGGCCACAAAGCUGCCAAAAUUAAUCCCUUGUUUGCUGGCCAAGCUGUGAUGGAUAUGGUACCUGAAAUUCGAGUGCUGACAGAAGUGCUUCAGGGACCUUUCAAUAUUACAGGGCUCCUGAACAUGGGAAAGGAAGAGGCUUCUUUAGAGGAUGUGUUGAGUUACCUUGACCAUGUGUAUUGUGGACAUAUUUCUAUAGAAACUAGUCAGCUGCCAAGCUUGGAGGAAAGAGAAUGGUUUCCUAAAAGAUUUGAGCAAUUAAAACAAGAGUUGUUUACGACAGAAGAGCGAAAGCAUUUGUGUAAGCUGAUGCUAGAAUCUCAGGAGUUUGACCGCUUCUUGGCCACCAAGUUCUCCACAGUGAAACGGUACAGUGGUGAAGGAGCAGAGAGCAUGAUGGGUUUUUUCCACGAGUUGUUAAAGAUGUGUGUGUACAGUGGCGUGACAGAUAUCAUUCUUGGAAUGCCUCAUCGAGGAAGGCUUAAUCUCCUCACUGGGCUGCUUCAGUUUCCACCUGAGCUGAUGUUCCGUAAAAUGCGUGGCUUAAGUGAGUUUCCUGAGAAUUCACCAGCGAUUGGGGAUGUUCUGUCCCAUCUGACAUCCUCUGUAGAUCUGGACUUUGGUUCGCACCGCCCUCUGCAUGUCACUAUGUUGCCUAAUCCAUCACAUCUUGAAGCAAUUAAUCCUGUGGCUGUUGGCAAAACACGUGGAAGGCAACAGUCUCUUCUUGAGGGAGAUUACUCGCCAGACAGCACUGCACAACCUGGAGACAAAGUCAUCUGCUUGCAGGUGCAUGGUGAUGCUGCUUUCUCUGGUCAAGGGAUUGUUCCUGAAACAUUGACGCUCUCUAAUCUCCCACAUUUCAGAGUUGGUGGAAGCAUCCAUUUGAUUGUUAAUAACCAGCUAGGUUACACCACUCCUCCAGACCGAGGAAGAUCAUCACUAUACUGUAGUGAUAUUGGCAAAAUAGUUGGAUGUGCAAUUAUCCAUGUGAAUGGUGACGACGCUGAAGAAGUUGUCAGAGCAACGCGAUUGGCUGUUGAAUACCAGCGCCGCUUCCGCAGGGAUGUGAUUGUAGACUUGCUGUGCUACAGACAAUGGGGUCACAAUGAACUUGAUGAGCCAUUCUUCACCAACCCCAGCAUGUAUAAAAUCAUCCGAUCCCGUAAGAGUGUCCCAGACAUGUAUGCAGAGCGUCUAAUGGCCAGUGGGCUUGUGACUGAGGACGAGGUAUUGGAGAUAAAGACUUCAUAUUAUUCCAAGCUGAAUGAUCAUCUAGCCAACAUGAUGAUGUAUAGCCCCCCUUCAACCAACCUGCAAGCUCACUGGAGUGGCAUGGUGGAACCAUCUGCUAGGAUCACCACUUGGGAUACAGGGCUGCCUGUGCCACUCUUACAGUUUAUCAGCAUCAAGUCUGUGGAGGUACCUGAAGAGCUUCGGAUGCACAGUCAUCUUCUGAGGACACAUGUACAGGCAAGAAUACAGAAGGUGGAAGAAGGAACAAAGUUGGACUGGUCUACGGCUGAAACAUUAGCUUUUGGUUCACUACUUAGCCAAGGGUUUAGUAUCCGACUAAGCGGACAGGAUGUUGGCAGAGGAACUUUCAGCCAACGGCAUGCAAUGUUGGUUUGCCAAGAGACAGACGAAACCUAUAUCCCACUGAAUCACAUGUCUCCAGAUCAAAAAGGCUUCCUAGAGGUGAGCAACAGCCCCCUGUCUGAAGAAGCUGUGCUUGGAUUUGAGUAUGGAAUGAGUAUUGAAAGCCCCAAGUUACUGCCAAUUUGGGAGGCUCAGUUUGGUGAUUUCUUUAAUGGAGCCCAGAUAAUAUUUGACACUUUCAUCUCUGGAGGUGAAGCUAAAUGGCUGCUGCAGAGCGGGAUAGUCAUUCUUCUUCCCCAUGGCUAUGAUGGUGCAGGCCCUGAACACUCUUCCUGCCGAAUGGAACGUUUUCUACAGAUGUGUGACAGUGCCGAAGAGGGAGUUGAUGGUGACAACGUGAACAUGUCAGUUGUGCAUCCAACCACCCCAGCGCAGUAUUUCCAUUUGCUUCGUAGGCAAAUGAUCCGAAACUUCCGGAAGCCUUUAAUUGUUGUUUCUCCCAAAAUGCUACUCAGAUUUCCUGGGGCAGUGUCAAGUUUUCAAGAAAUGGCCCCAGGGACAACAUUCAAGCCUGUAAUUGGUGAUUUGUCAGUGGAUCCUAACAGCAUCAGCCGAGUGGUGUUCUGUUGUGGCAAGCAUUACUAUGCUUUGCUGAAACAGAGAGAGGCACUAGAAGAGAAGAAGCACAGCACUGCUAUUGUCAGACUAGAAGAACUUUGUCCUUUCCCCCUGGAAGCUCUACAGCAAGAGAUGAACAAAUACAAAAAUGCCAAAGAUUUUAUUUGGAGUCAGGAAGAGCCACAGAACAUGGGUCCCUGGGCCUUUGUGUCACCAAGGUUUGAAAAGCAGUUGGCAUGUAAGCUUCAUCUUGUGAGUAGACCUCCCUUACCAGCUCCGGCAGUGGGCAUUGGAACUCUACACCAGCAGCAACAGGAAGACCUUCUUGCCAAAACUUUUGUCUAAGAUCUUUCUACUUGGAAACCAGUUUCUUACAAUAUUUGUAAAAUUCUCACAAGGAAAAUCCCUUGGCUUUUUCAUCCUAAAAUGGAAGAACAAAUAAAAAACUGCUCUGAAAGGAGCAAAUAGUUCUUUAAAUGUAUGGAUGCAACAAAACCCAUAAUGACCUCAGCCUAUAUAUAUUAUGCAGAGGACAAUUCCCACUGUCCUUUUGUAUUUUUUCAUUAUAUAAAAACAAAACUGCCAUGAGAUCAGUUAGCUGUGAAAUCAAAUGAUUCAUUUAUAAAGCAUUAUCCCACAUAUCAGGACAAAUCCAUAGUUCUUUGGUAUUCAGUUGUGGGAAGUUGUCCCUUAACUUUUAAUUUAAAAGUUUAAGAAUGGAGUAAUGACUUCAAUUAUGGCAUUUCUGUAACAAUAAAGUAUUUCCAUUGGUCUUUGAGAACCACAUUUAAUGCCUUUCUCUCUGUGAGUGGGCACAGAUGGGGAAAAAUACUACCACAGGUGGGUUCCCUGUUGGAAAAUUUCAAUGGAGAACUGAAUGAGUCAUAAACGCCACUAUCUUCUCACUCCUGUGCAAUACCUGUAUGACACAGUUGAAGCACAAUGGCAUGGCAGUGCUGGCUGCCUGUGGUGUUUGAGGAUAAACUGAGAGCUCUAGCCUCCAGGACUGUCAAACCUAUGACUUUCUUUUUAAAAUGGAUGAGUGUUUUUUGUUGUUGUUUGAAUUAGCCAUUGAUUCCUCAGUUGGGAUGUAUCACAAUGGCUGCUCACUUUGUUCAUCUCUGUUGCUCAAAUCCCAGCUCUUGAAUAGGACAUCAGACAUCAUUUAGUGCAUGUAUUGCUGUAAUGCAGUACAGAUUUUUCACCCUGUAUUUCCAUUUCCAAGCCCUUGUCUGUGCUGGAUUCUGCAAUUACUGCAAUCUGAGAUAACAGAUCUCUAAUGUUCAGCUGUCAGGUCUCAGUGGAGGAGAAAUGCUACUGCAGUGCAUUAAUUUACUUGGUUUUUUUGAGAGAGACUUGAAUGGGGGAAGUACAUGCAAUGUAAGAUAAGUAAUCCAACAUACAUUUGAUAUGUAGCAUUUGGAAUGUUAAAUACAGCAAUUCUUUUUUAAA